AUGUCUCAACAGCCACUCAAGUCAUGCCUGAAAAAGGCACCAGCACCACCAGUAUCAGCACCACCAGGACCACCCGCACCACCAGGACCAUCAAAAUCAGAAGACUCAUGGUCAUCAUCGUCGUCCGCACCCUCAGUUGGCUUCACACCCAUCAAGUUGGUCCGCUUCGCGGUCAACCAGAAUGGAUGUGGUUUCCCAACCACUGCCCGCGAAGAGCUCUGCCGCCGCCACCCGCAUUACGUCCCUGGCAAAUAUGCGGACACGACCGGACAGGGUUUCGAGAACACCUCGAACCCGUUCCGCGACCCAGACUGUGAGUUUGUUCCUGUAGGCGAGGACAAACCAUCCAAGGCUCGGGCUGAGGCUUCGAGCUCCAAUACUGCCGAGCCUUCGAGCUCGCAGACCCCAGGAGCCGCCAACAAAGACAAUGAAGAGGACCCAGAUGCUGACUUGGACGCCCUGAGCCUGAAACAGCUCGAAGAAAAGACCAAGCAGCUGGAGGCGCGGCUCGCUGCAUUCAAACCAAAAGAAGCAUUGCAAGUUGCUUCGACUCUCUCGCUCUCUCUGCACCUAGAAGACGACGACUCGGGGGCCCAUCAACCCAAAAUUCCCCCGCAGCAAAACCAAAUAAUUCCGCCGGCGCGCGGGAAAUAG